AUGUCGUCGCUUUUGGCACAGGCGCAACGUUUCUUGCCCGAGGGCGUACUGCACCAGGACCUUCCCUCGCGUCCUGUCCAGUACACUGCCAUCGCUGCACUUGUGCUGUUCGGAUGGGUACUCUAUCAAGUACUCACGCCUCCAGCCUCGCAGUAUCCGGCGAUCAAUGAUGACAAGGCCUGGUUCUCCCUACGGGCGAAAGCGGAAUACUUCAAAAAUGCUAAGCAAUUGCUUGCGGAUGGUAGCAAAAAGUUCACGGGACCUUACAACCUGGUUACGGACAGUGGAAAUGUCCUGAUGAUGCCGCCCGAACUUAUCGACGCUAUCAAUGCAGAGUCUAAGCUCACCUUCAAUGCGUAUGUAACAAGCGUGAAUCUUGAGACAUUCAGAACUUUCAGAGAACCUCCACCGGGCUUGUUCAAUGAGGCCGUUCUCAAAGGCCUAACCCGAAGUCUCCCCAAGUUUACCAAAGGGCUCUCCAAAGAAAUGGAAGCUAGCCUCGAGGAGUCUUGGGGAAAUUCUACAGAGUGGCGCGAGUCUGACAUCAAAGAAGACAUCCUUCAAUGGGUCGCACGGCUCAGCUCUCACAUUUUCUUGGGCCCUCGUUUCUCGAGCAACAAGGAAUGGCUACGCAUUGCUAUCAGCUUUACCGUUGAUGUCAUGAUCGCAUCGACCAUCUGCCGAUUCAUGCCAUGGCCUCUGCGCUGGCCUGUAGAGCGUCUCUUGCCCUUGUGCCGGCGUGUCCGCAGGGACUACAGAGCCUGUGCCAAGAUGCUUGCGCCAGUUUUAAAAGAGCGAUAUGAUGAGAUUGCAGCUGCAGAGCGAGAAGGACGUCAGCCAAACCUUCCCGAUGACUCCAUUGAGUGGUUCCGCAACGCAGCUCACGGCAGACACUACGAAGAGACUGACUUGCAAAUUGCGCUGCAGUUGGCUGCCAUCCACACUACCAGCGAUUUACUUUGCCAGACCAUCCUCGAUAUCUGUGUAAAUACUGAUCUCAUUCAACCUCUCCGAGAGGAGGCCGUCGAGGUUCUCUCGAAGUAUGGAUGGAAGAAAUUGGCUUUGACAGAACUCCGUUUGUUGGACAGCGUCUUCAAGGAAUCACAACGCCUCAAACCGAUUGCGAUGGCAAGUAUGCACCGUGAGGCCAUUGCUGACGUCGAUCUUGGCAACGGAAUAAAAAUUCGAAAAGGCGAAUCAAUCGGUGUUUCUGCCCAUCAAAUGUGGGAAGAAGACCACUACGAAGAACCCGAGAAGUACGAUGGAUUUCGUUUUGUAAAGAGGAGAAAGAUCGCAGGGCUUGAGAACCGAAGUCUGUUGGUAGCUACCAGCAAUGACCACCUCGGCUUCUCUCACGGAAAGCACGCAUGCCCCGGACGAUUUUUCGCAGCGAACGAAGUCAAAAUUGCUUUGGUGCACCUGCUACUCAAGUACGACAUGAAAUUGGCUGAUCCUAGCAUGGCUAAGCCCAAAGCGUACGGCGUCAACCAGGUGACGAAUCCUGCGGCACGAAUCCAGUUCCGACGAAGGACGCCAGAGAUUGAUAUUGAUAAUCUUGCCUUUGAUUAA